AUGUUCAUCAGUAUUGCUCCUUAUCCUUUAUUCCAAGGCUCACGUUUGCGAAAUACACAGGGCAAGGUUGCUGAGCUACGGCAAGAGCUCAAUAGCGGUGGCAAGAAAGACAAGAACUAUUCCGCCAAAAAGAUCACACUUAAGAAGAUUGUAGCCAAUAUGACCAUGAGCAACAACGACAUGGUUGCGCUGUUCCCAGAUGUUAUUGGUUGUAUGAAUCUGCCGAGCUUGGAGAUCAAGAAGAUGUGCUUCUUAUUCCUGGUCAACUACUCGAGAAUGAAACCAGAGGUUGCAUUGAAGGCGCUGCCCAUAUUGGUUGAUGAUAUGGGAGACAACAACCCACUUGUACGCGCGCUUGCACUGCGAACCAUUUCAUAUGUGCACGUUCGCGAAUUUGUCGAAGCGACGUUCCAACCUGUCAAGCGCCUGAUGCAAGAUAAUGAUCCAUAUGUUCGCAAGACGGCUGCCUUCUGUGUUGCAAAGCUCUAUGAGCACGAUAAAAAGAUGGUUGAGAACUCAGAUCUGAUCGACAGGCUCAACCGCAUGUUGAAGGAUGAGAACCCGACUGUUGUUUCCAGCGUCUUAGCUUCGUUGGUGGAUAUAUGGGGCCGCAGUGAAUCAAUUUCACUCACUAUCGAUUAUGUUAGUGCCUCAAAAUUGGUUUCAAUUCUGGCAGACUGCUCGGAAUGGGGUCAAACCUACAUUCUCGAGGCAUUAAUGGCAUAUGUGCCUCAGGAUUCCGCAGAGGCGCUUCUGCUGGCAGAGCGAGUUGCCCCGCGGCUAUCACAUUCAAAUUCCGCCGUCGUGCUAACUUCCUGCCGUGUCAUUCUUUAUCUCAUGAACUAUAUUCCAGGUGAAAAGCACAUCACCUCGUUAUGCAAGAAGCUAUCUCCACCCCUCGUCACAUUGCUUUCCAAGCCGCCCGAGGUCCAAUAUCUGGCACUGCGCAAUGCUAUCCUAAUUCUCCAAAAGAGGCCAGAGGUCUUGCGGAAUGACAUCCGAGUGUUCUUCUGCAAUUACAAUGACCCAAUCUACGUCAAAGUCACCAAGCUGGAAUUAAUGUUCAUGCUAACCACAAAAGACAACAUAUCCAUCGUGCUGGCAGAGCUGCGAGAAUAUGCCACCGAAAUUGACGUUCACUUUGUGCGCAAGGCCGUUCGGGCCAUUGGCAAACUGGCAAUCAAGAUUGAGUCUGCUGCAAAACAAUGUAUCGAAACACUCUUGGAGCUGGUCGAUGCCAAGAUCCCAUAUAUUGUCCAAGAGGCAACAGUGGUGAUCCGCAACAUCUUCCGCAAAUACCCCAACCAGUACGAAAGCAUAAUCAGUCACGUCAUCCGAAACAUCGACGAUCUGGAUGAGCCUGAGGCUAAGGCAGCCGUCAUUUGGAUCAUUGGCCAGUAUGCGGACCGCAUCGACAAUUCGGAUGGUCUCCUUCAGGAUUACUUAGCCACAUUCCACGACGAAACGGUCGAAGUGCAGCUGGCCCUGCUCACGGCUACUGUCAAACUUUUCAUCCAACGCCCCACCAAGGGCCAGCAGCUUGUACCACAGGUACUCAAAUGGUGCACCGAAGAAACAGAUGACCCUGAUCUUCGUGACCGUGGUUACAUGUACUGGCGCUUGCUGUCAACAGACCCAGCAACUGCCAAGCAGGUUGUCAUGGGCCAAAAGCCCCCGAUCACGGCGGAGAGCGAAAAGCUAGACUCACGCACUCUCGAGGAACUGUGUCUGAACGUCGGAACUCUAGCCACAGUCUACCUCAAGCCUAUCCACCAAGUCUUCCGCGCUGCCCGCCCUCGACGACUCCUUCCCAGCCCAGCCUUGCAACGUUCACACACCGACGACGGUACAGGCAAUAUGCUCGACUACAAUCCUCCCUCCGCAAACAUGGCCUCCGCCUCAACCAGUAAUAGCGGCCUGGCCACAAUCACCACAACAGGUGACCCUGUCACGCCAAGGUACAAUGUACCUCCUACUUCUCUCCCCGUCGGCCCGGGCGUAAACUACGCGCACACAGGCCCCAGCAACAUGAAUGAGGCAGCAGAUGCAGCAGACGCUUACUUCAGUGGCAUCGGCUCCCAACAGAUGGCUUCGCUAGACCUUGACGGUACUGGAGGUGCGCCUCAGACACAGUACGUUGUGACUCAAAAUCAGCAGCAGGGAUAUCAGCCGCAACUGGCUGGUGGGGCUGCCACAGGAGAGCUACUAUUGUUAUAA